UUUUUUCUCCCCAAUUUGGUAAGCCCAAUUAUUUUAUUUCAACCCAGCUCACCGCAGACUCGGGAGGGACGAAGAUGGACCCAUGCGUCCUCCGAAACGUAUAUGCCGAGGAGUCCGCUUUUCAUUGCAUGCCCACCAUGCAGGCGCCUCAGAGCUACAGCUUCGGAGGACCACGCAGCUUACACACCAGCGUCCAGCCAGUCUACAGGGGUCGCUGGUGCGCGGUGAGCCAAGUUCAGAGGCCAAUUAUCUUGCCAAGGCAGAGGAUGAUUAUAUUGCUGUGGACUGCAGGUUUAUUAACAUAAGGAGAGGUCCAUUGAUCUACAUUUAUUCCAAACUGGUACCAGAAAGGGCUGGAGAAUUAUGGUUCGGAAGUGUUUAUAGUGACCACUUUGUUGAUCAGAUGGGUGUCUUAGGCUAUUUCCCCAGCAAUUUAGUCAGAGAGUCCUGUUUUCAACGAGGGGAAGACGGACAUUAUGACAACUAAGUAGUGUUUUAGAUAUGGAUAAUAUAAUGUAUUUUGUGAAGGAAAAUGUUGCUAAUUGUUACAAGAUAGUAUCUUACAAAUGAAAUUGCCGUUAUUCCAGUUUAGCUGGCAAGCCUGAAGUUACCUAGAAAGGUGCCAAGGCAUUGUAUGUUGAACCAGGCCUAGUGUUCCCUUAUCUUCUAAACUUUUGGGGUGUAAAAUGAAGAACAAAUGUCCCACCAGAUGUUCUGUGUUGGAAGUAAAUUAAGUAUUUGGUCAACCACUGCCUGUGAUGGACUUCUGGUGCUCUUUUGAGAGUAGAGUUUAUAUUAAGUCCUAUACUGUCAAGUAUUACAUUUUAGUUAGUGCAAUAUGGUGUUAAUGCAUUUAACAGAUGACAAAAUGUUUUGAAACUUUACUAAUGUUACACUAGUUUGUAGAAUUUAGCAUUUUUCAUAACUGUCAUGGCAGGGAGAAAGCUGGGUUUGUCUGACACGUAGUGACAGUCGUAAACCAAAGAUUAGAAUAGUUUAAUGGUGUCUUUCAAUAGUAGCUGGGGAUAAGAUUUUGUAAAAUAUCAAAACCCUGAGUGAAACUCUCUUUAUAUUAAUAAUAUACAGUAAAAGUACAAUAUUGUAUGACAUUAUUUAAAAGAAACAACUUUAAUCUAAAUCUUAUAUUGUAUAAAAUAAAUGUUACUAUUUUUUCUGUUCCUCAGGAUAUGGAUUUCCACUGUGAAUGAAGAUUGUUUUCACAAAGUCUCUUGUUAUGCUUUGAAGAAAAAACAUUAGCAUUUUCUAUUACUAUCAUUAUUUGACUUUAAAAGUAAUUGGUUUUCAAAUAAAAAGUGAGAGAUUAAGGCUUAAUUAGUUGGAACAGUAAUUAUGCAAUGUCUUGCAUAGUUCUUGAAAUCUAACUUUUACAUUUCAGUUUUCAAAUAUGAGUUAAACCAUUGUUUUAAUGUAAUCUAUUGCUGGUUUGUAUGCAUAACUUUAAAUUAAA